UCUUUUUAGUGUUCUAGCGUGUAACUUUUCGCCACUGCGUUUUCUCUGCGCAAACGAGCGCUCUUCAAGUGCCGCCCCGCCCCUCCCACUUCUACCAGGAGAAAGAGACUUGAAAACCAUCAACACAAUUUGUGGCGAACUAGCACUUUUGACUCAAAAGCGUUUCAUAUUUCUGCGCUUUGUCAGCAUGUAACCCAGGGGCUGUUGCGUCGGUGUAUUCGGGGGUUCUCAGUGCCGCGACCUGCACCCUGUCGGAAGCCAUGCCAGGGACGAAGACGCAUGUGUGACCGGCGCUCGCAGAGAGCUGGGGAAACAAGCAAGAAGGCGCUUCCCAUCGCCGCAGACCAGGAGCUUCGCGAAGGCGAGUUGCGUCACGAUGCUGGAGACGGAGGGCAAAGAGGCGCCGGCUGCAGAGAGCAGCGAGGCAGAGGUCACGGCGGCACACAUGUCCAGCAGCGCUCCGCAGGCACAAGGCGGAGCGUCCGUGCACUCCUCGGCCCCCACAGCCACGGAGGAUGAGGACGAGAGCGAGGACGAGUCCGACAUCCUGGAAGAGAGUCCCUGUGGCCGCUGGCAGAAACGCAGAGAGGAGGUGAAUCAGCGUAACGUUCCUGGGAUAGAUGCUGCAUACUUAGCUAUGGACACAGAGGAAGGGGUGGAGGUAGUUUGGAAUGAAGUCAUGAUCUCAGAGAGAAAGAACUUCAAACUGCUGGAGGAGAAAGUGAAGGCUGUAUUUGAUAACCUGAUCCAUUUGGAACAUGCAAAUAUUGUCAAGUUUCACAAGUACUGGGCUGACACUAAGGAGAACCGAGCCAGGGUGAUUUUCAUAACAGAAUAUAUGUCAUCGGGAAGCUUGAAGCAGUUCCUGAAGAAGACAAAGAAGAAUCAUAAGAGCAUGAAUGAAAAGGCUUGGAAGAGAUGGUGCACUCAGAUCGUGUCUGCUCUCAGUUAUCUCCACUCGUGUGAUCCACCCAUCAUCCACGGCAACCUGACCUGUGACACUAUCUUCAUUCAGCACAACGGGCUCAUCAAGAUCGGAUCAGUUGACCCAGACACUAUUAACAGCCAUGUGAAGACUUGUCAUGAGGAACCGAAGAACAUGCACUUCUUUGCUCCAGAAUAUGGAGCUGUUGAUGAUGUCACCACUGCUGUAGACAUUUACUCAUUCGGCAUGUGUGCCUUAGAGAUGGCGCUGUUGGAGAUCCAGGGGAACGGAGAGUCCUCGAACAUCUCUCAGGAGGCCAUAAACAAUGCCAUACAGUUACUAGAGGACCCACUGCAGAGGGAAUUAAUCCAGAAGUGCCUCGAGUGUGAUCCCACUACGAGGCCGACAGCCAGAGAGCUGCUGUUUAACCAGGCACUGUUUGAAGUACCCCUGCUAAAACUGCUGGCUGCAAAUUGUAUUGUCAGCCACCAGCACAUGAUCCCUGAAAACGCCCUGGAGGAGAUAACCAAGAACCUGGACCCCAACCUGAUCAUCGCAGAGAUAAAAGAGGAUGUUCAGCUCAAGCUUUCACAGUUUCCUGCCCUGGAGCUUGAUAAAUUCCUGGAGGAUGUGAGAAACGGUAUUUAUCCAAUGACGGCGUUCGGGCUGCCAUGUCCUCAGCAGCCUCAACAGGAGACUAUUCAAUCUCCGGUUGUCAUCCCCUUGGUCAAAACCCCCACCCCUGAACCUGCAGAGCUCGAGACACGACGGGUCAUUCAUAUGCAGUGUAACGUUGAACCUGUUGAAGAAGGGGGGAAAUUUCAUCUAACAUUACUGCUGAAACUGGAGGAUAAACUGAAUAGACAUCUAAGCUGUGACAUGUUACCUCAUGAGAAUGUUGAAGACUUGGCUGGAGAGUUGGUGCAGCUAGGCUUAAUCAGUGAGUUGGACCAAAGCAAAAUAGCCGGUCUGCUAGAGGAAAGCUCCAGUCAAGCUCUUCAGUAGCGAGGGGGUUUCCUCAACCAACCAUGUCUCCUCAUAAGCCCAGGCUGGGGACUGGAGAGAAGUGACCAAUCAGUGGAGGGGUGCAUCGGUCACUGAUCCGGCCUCCAAAGUCUCAAAACUCAACUCAACCUGCAGCUCCACAGCUGAAGCGUCUGCAGCCAGUACCCCUUGCAGCUGACGUGAAACGAACGAUCGGUCCUAGGUUCGUGCUCUAUAAUCCCGAUCAGUUGAAAAAUGCCUUGAUUGGCCCCGAUACCGAUAGUUGAGAUUGGAUCGGGACAUCCCUACUUUUUCCUAAAAGCUUGAGCAGAUAAACAACUUCUAUUGAUUCUGACUUUUUGUUUUCAUUUCAUUACAGACCAUGUGACAAAAGUGGGCCAUAGUGGAUUAACUCCCAAACUUGAAUACUCUAUUUUAUAUAACACAGGUCUUGUUUAGACAUUUAUUGAGAUCAGGGAGUUGCUCGAUGCCUUUUCGUGACAUUUUCGCUCGGAUCCCUUUGUGGACUUCUGGUACUACGGUGUCUAAAAGCGCGCACAGUUCUAUAACUUAAAGAGGCAGUAAGAAUGUAAAGAAAAUGUAUUCAAUAUGUGUGGAACAACAAAACAACUGAUCAGAUAUUUUUGCCUAUGAUAACUCCCCUUGUUCUGGUAUUCUAUAUAAAUUAUGCCUAAGUGUCCUACAAUCAAUCUGCCAGCAAAAUGGAUGACUAUUGUAUGAGUUUUCACACAGAGCUUUCCUUUGAUGCUGGUUAUUUAAUCAAUGUUAAAUUGGCACACCUCACCUGUCAGAUCAGAUUAUAUCAAUGAUCUCCACUCACAUAUUUCUGAAGUAUUCUUUUUUUUUUUUUAUGUUUUCAGGUAACUGUGCUCUAAUCUGCAUUAUUUUUGCUAUACAUUGCAUGUCUAGUCCAUCUCAAUGCAUCGUUUACUUCGUUCUCCUCUGUUUGUAUUUCUUUUUGUGGACUGCUAAGAUUGUACUUCCCAAAGAUAUGUUCCUCAUUUAGCCAGUAGAAUGUAAACGCACCACUCCUUGUAUAGAGAAGUGGACAAAAACCAACCAAUGUGAUCACCAGAGUAGCUUUAUUCUGACUCUGCCUUGUCUCUCUCUCUCUGUGUAUCUUUUCCACCAAAAUUACAGGUGGUGUCUAAACUGUUAAUUAAUUUAUCAUUAUUGUGGGAUGGGCAGCUUUAGCCUGUUACUCCAGGACAUGAGCUUUUGGUUAUAUGUGGAUAUUCCUAUAUUUUGUAUAUGACAUGAAUGUCUGUAAAUGUCUCUUUUCUGAUACUUGUAUCCUGACCAAAAUUCCAAAGUAUGACUCUUUGAAAUAAAUGUGUUAAGUGCUUGA